GCCAGAUAUAUGCGUUGCGUUACUUGUACUCUUUGCGUUUACUCAACAGAGACCUUGAGCUGUUGAAGUUCAGCCAUAGAAUAAUGUAAUAGUUUUGUAUGCAUUUACUUAAACUUAAUUGGUUGGAGUUCAAUAGGUAGUUACUUGGUUCAAACGACUUGAGUAGUGUACAAAGUUAUGUCACAAAAUUAUGGGUUAUCGAUUACAAUUAAACAUAAGGAAAGUCUAAGUAAGCACUUGAUGAGAUGCUGCGGGUUAACGAGAAGUUGUGUGUAUACUAAAGUUUAUCUGCUUUCAAGUAAUGUAUUAAUAAUUCAGGACAGACUCUCACAUUUUGGUGAUUCGCAGGGAAGGUCACUAGAUAUAUCGCAAGCCGUUGUGAGAUUGUGAGAUCCUUUCUGUCCUUCUGAACUUGCCAUUCUAAAAAGCAAACUUAUGUUCUUACAUGAAAACAUUUUUACUCGAAGUUAUAAAUAUAGAUUCAUGAUUGUGAUUGGGUCACCUUAAGUCUUCACUUAAGAAAUAGAAACUAUUUAGUUCAGAUAAUUUACUGCCACUCGGAAACAUCGAGAUGCUAUGGUUUGGCGUAGUUGAAGUUCUUCAAACCUAUUCCACCAGCUUACAUUCUUUUAACUGAACAGGCUGCGUAUAUAUUAUACUCUAAUUGUGGACACCCCCCCCCAAUUCAUAUGCUCCUUGGUAUCUAGGUGACUAAGUUCCCCAUGUAUUGCCUAGAAUGUCCGUGGAUGCUUAACGGCCGUAACUCAUCAAUUUCCAUUAGUUUUCAAGCCCUGACUGAUAGUAAACCUCAGAUUACUUAACAUGGGUACGAGAAUGUUUCUUAAUGAACUUUAGGGCAUCUAAUAACAUUUUUCAAAUGUGCGUUUAUUCUGGUAAGUUCUCUUGAUCUUUAUUGUGUCCCAUAGUACCCUCUUUGUCUUGUUCCCUUCAUACAUUCUCCUUUCAAUGAGGUUAAUAACAGUAGAGGACUUGUAAAGUUAUCCGCUUAUAAAAGAAUUAAUGCUGACACCCAGACCAUAACCUGGAGAAAUUAACCAAAUAUUUUUCAACCAUGCAACAUAAAGGUUACCCGUACUUUAUGUACACCCAACAAGAAGGUUAUCUAUUCAUACAAGAAGAAACUGUACCACUGUCCUUUUAAAAUAGCUUUUAACAAAAUAUUAAACUGCGUUGUUGUUAUUUGGUAGCUUCGGUUUUGUUUUAUCCCUUCUAGAUUAUUGUCCUGGCUAGGGAGCGACGGUUGUUAUAUCUGUACACCUUGCUCUUGUUUUCAUAUACUAACGUACCCCCAACCUGGACACAGGCAUUUCAACGAUUGGGAAUCGCAUAAUGUUAGAGGAUGAGUUCGCUGAGCUAGACCUAAAUGAAAACUCUGAAAACGCCUUAAAUGUAUCGUUGAAUUCUGAGUCUUGUCUGCGGACUGGUUAUAUACCUGAACGAAAUGUCACACAUGGCAUAUCGCCCAUUGACACUGGGAAAGAAACUGUAAACACUGUUUCCGAUGUUGCACUUGUGAAAGUCACAAGCCCCGCAAAAGUUGGUGAGGGUAUUUCGUCAUACAUAGUAUAUCGUGUUAAGACAAAGUUUAAUGGCAAGGAGUUUUCAGUUCUCAGACGGUUUUCUGAUUUCCUUGGGUUACAUGAAAGGUUAGUCGCGAAGUAUCUUUCUGAAGGAGUUAUUGUUCCCCCUGUUCCUUCUAAAGAUAUGCUAGCUACAACUAAAGUUAAAAUGUCAAAGGACGUUUCUGCAGAAAAUGAAUUUGUUGAACGUCGCCGAUUAGCUUUAGAACGAUUCCUAUCACGAGUACUCUCACAUCCAGUUCUACAUAUUGAUGAAGAUGUCUGUGAGUUCCUUCGGCAUGAAGGAGAGCUCCCACGUGCAACCAACACCCAACUAUUGUCCGGUGCUGCAGCGAUAAAAGUGAUGAAAAAUUUGGGUGAUGCGAUUGGAAAGUUUGCUUACAAAGUUGAUGAUCCCGAAGAGAAUACUGCUGAGGAGUUCUUUUAUCAGAAAGCAGAUGAAUUAGAUAGUUGGGAAAAGCAACUUAAACGUCUUCACUCUUCACUUCUUAACUUAGUAUCAGGAGACAAUGACCUAGCAAAUGCCGAAGCUGGCUUGUCUCGUUCAGUUCUUCUCCUGGCUAAUGUAGAAGAAAAUACUGGUUUAGCUCAAGCACUUCAUUAUCUGGCAGAAACAGAAGGACAUGUCGCUGAUUUACAUGCUUUACAAGCAGAAGCUCAUACGUGCCAUUUAGUGGAGUAUUCUCGAGAAUUAUUAGGCAUGGUUCAGGCUUGCAAGGAUGUUUUAAGUGAACGUGUACGAAUAUAUCGUACAUGGAAAACUGCUGAAGCUAAUCUUCGUUCAAAGCGUGAACAGAAAAUUCGAAUGGAAAUGGCACCUAGAAAUGAUAAUAAAAAGAUGGCCACGAUAACAAUGGAAUUGGAAGAUCUUGAAAAUCGUGUAGAUCAAGCUCAGCAUAAAUUUAAUAAUAUAUCUAUAAAUAUUAAAAAAGAAUUUCAAAAUUUUGACUUGAAUCGUUUUGCUUAUUUCAAACAAGCCACUACAGAAUAUUUAGAAUUGUUAUUGCAAAUUCAAUUAAAAGUGUUAGAGAAUUGGGAGAAAUAUUUGUCUCAUACAAACGGUAUCAACUGAUGUAUGCGCAUAUAGGCUCUGUUAACAAUUUUUUUAUUUCUGAAAAAGAAAUAUCUUUGGUUUUGGAAUUAUUUUUCAUCUCUUUAUCACACAAUCAAUAUUCCACACUUAGUUAUUCUUCCAUUGAAAUUUUAGGUUAAACAUAUAUGUUGAUUUCUCAUCACUUGUGUACACCUAGUACGCACACACACACCCAGAUAAUGCAUGUGUAUACACUUGUAUACUGACUGUAUUUUGGGUAAUUAAUUCUAAAUAAUCGCUUGGAUAUGGUAGUUGUGAUAAGUCUUUAUUUUUUUCUUUUGUUAAUCUUUUUGUAAUUUAUGCAACUCUUAGAUUGAUUUCAUAUCUCUGCCACUUUGAUGCUGAUUUCAUGCAUAUAUUUAAUAAUAACAUGGUGUUUUAAUUUAAAAAGUAAGCAGUGGAAUUAUUAUAUAUUUCACCCUCAUGGGAUAAUAAAUAUUAACAGACAUGGUAGGAGUACAGAGUAUUAACCAAUUUGAUGAUAAUUCUUUAGCAGGAGAGUACUUUACUGUGUUUUCUUCUCCCGUCAGAACUUCAUGUUAAUUAUAAAAUUCAUAAAAUCACCUUGGAUGGGAACAUUAUUUUCUUCACCAUUGUCGAUAUCUGCG